AUGAGACCAUUAACGGAGGAGGAAACAAAGGUUGUGUUCGAAAAGCUAGCCAACUACAUUGGCCGGAACAUAUCAUUUUUGAUUGACAACAAAGCCAACCCACAUGUCUUUAGACUACAGAAGGACCGUGUCUAUUAUGUGUCUGAGUCGAUUGCAAAUUUUGCUACUUCUGUGUCGAGAGACCGUCUAAUUUCUCUUGGAACGUGUCUCGGGAAAUUCACAAAAACUGGAAAGUUCAGAUUGCACAUCACCGCCUUGACGUAUUUGGCUCAGUACGCUAAGUACAAGGUGUGGAUCAAGCCUAACGGUGAGAUGCCAUUUUUGUAUGGAAACCACGUCUUGAAAGCUCAUAUCGGUAGAAUGUCUGACGACAUUCCCGAACACGCUGGAGUGAUUGUAUUCUCCAUGCAUGAUGUGCCUCUUGGGUUCGGAGUUUCUGCCAAGUCGACUACUGAGGCUAAAAAUCUUCAACCUACUGCUAUUGUUGCCUUUAGACAAGGUGACAUUGGUGAAUACUUGAGAGAGGAAGACACUCUUUUCACAUAG